AUGGAGUCUGGACUCUACUGUAAGCAUAAGAAAUCACUUUUCCUGCAUUGCUCACCAGAAGCCAUGAAGCAGAACUGUUUCAAAUCCAAAUUGUUUCUGUUACAUUUCCUUCAUCUAUUUAAUCUUUUUCUGGUAAUCACCGCAGCUACUUCAGGUUUUGAAUCUGAUCGACUCGCUUUACUUGAUUUCAAGCAACGAAUAUCUCAAGAUCCCCUGCAUAUAAUGAGUUCCUGGAAUUCUUCUAUCCAUUUCUGCAAUUGGACUGGUGUUACCUGCAGUCCAACUACAGGAAGAGUCUCAAUCUUGAACUUGGAAUCGCAAAGCUUGGCUGGCUCCAUCCCACCUUCUAUAGGAAACCUUACAUCUCUCACUGCUAUCAACCUCGGAAACAACAGCUUCCGUGGAGAAGUUCCUCCUGAAAUAGGCCGUUUACUGCUCCUGCAGGAUCUCAAUAUAAGUCACAAUUACUUUGGUGGGAUUUUACCAAUGAAUUUAUCUCACUGUAAAGAACUUAGAGAAAUUAAUGCAGCUUACAACGAGUUUAUUGGGAAGAUUCCGGACCAGAUUGAUUCAUUGUUGAAAUUGGUAACGCUACGCCUUCCAGUUAACAAUCUUACAGGAAGAAUUCCCGCUUUGAUUGGGAAUCUUUCUUCUCUUUCCAGUCUGUCACUUGCGAGAAAUAAUUUACAUGGAAGGGUACCUGAGGAAAUAGGACUGCUAUCAGGCAUGAAAUUUUUUUCAGUUAGUGAAAAUAAUCUAUCUGGUACGAUCCCUUCUUCAAUUUAUAAUCUCUCUUCUAUAUACUUUUUCUCUGUGAGGAAAAACCAGCUGCAUGGGCAACUACCCUCAGAUGUUGGCCUCAGUCUCCCUAAACUUGAAGAAUUUCAUGGUGCUUCUAACUAUUUUACUGGAAGUAUUCCUGUAUCAUUGCCUAAUGCUUCUAACCUUCAGGUGAUUGAACUUUAUAAAAAUAGUUUCACCGGGACCAUUCCUGAAAAGUUUGGCAGUUUGCAAGGUCUAAUUUUGCUUGAUGUUCAUGCAAAUAGACUUGGAAAUGGAGAUCUUGAUGAUCUGACUUUUUUAUCUUCCUUGGCUAAUUGUUCAAAUCUUACAUAUUUAUCCCUAGCUGGAAAUCGUUUUGGAGGACAAUUGCCUAACUCCAUAGGCAACCUUUCAACUUCGUUGCAAACACUUUCAUUGGCAGUCAAUCUGAUUCAUGGAAAUAUCCCUGUUGAAAUUGAAAACCUUUUUAACUUAAUCCGUCUAGGAUUAAGAGAAAACUAUUUGAGUGGUCUUGUUCCUGAUGUUAUCGGCAGGCUGAAUAAUCUACAAGUGUUGACUAUGGAUGGAAACAAUUUUUCUGGUUUAAUUCCACUAUCCCUGGGUAAUUUAACUAAAUUAUUUUUCCUUACUAUGGGAAAAAAUAAUUUUCAUGGAAGCAUACCUCUGAGUCUUGGAAAUUGCCAAAAGUUGCAAGUACUACAUUUAUCUAGUAACAGGCUUAGUGGCACCAUACCCGAACAAGUCUUCAGUCUUUCUUCCCUUUCAAUCUAUUUUCGCUUGUCUGAUAAUCUUUUGACUGGUUCACUGCCACUUCAAGUGAGUAAUUUGAAAAAUCUUGCAGAAUUGGAUAUAUCCAAUAACAGAUUAUCUGGUGAAAUUCCUACAAGUCUUGAUAGUUGUACUAGUUUAGUGCGUCUGUAUUUGGCAAACAAUAUGUUUGAAGGGCCUAUUCCUCAGUCUUUCGAAUUUUUAAGAGGUUUAGAAGAACUAGAUCUCUCUUGCAACAACUUGUCAGGUCGAAUUCCUGAAUUUUUUGGCCAAUUUUCAACUCUCAAGUACCUUAAUGUUUCGUCUAAUAAACUUGAAGGUGAAGUACCCAAGGCAGGGAUAUUUGCAAAUGCAAGUGCGAAUAUUUCACUUGUUGGAAAUGGCCAGCUUUGUGGUGGUAUUCCAAAACUACUUCUACCUAUAUGCUCAACCCAAGUUUCUAAAAAGCAUAUUAAAAAGAAGGUAGUAAUCUCAACGACAAUUGGGGUAACAGGUGCAUUUCUGUUGUUGAUUGCUUUUGUUAUAUAUUACAAAAAGAAAUCUUCACAGCCAAGUUCCACCCCAUUUUCAAUUGACAGCCAACUACGUCUCUCCUACUGUGACAUUGUAAGAUCAACUGACAACUUUUCAAAUGAAAAUUUGCUUGGUGUGGGUAGUUUUGGUUCUGUCUACAAAGGUACUAUUCCUAGUGAUGAAAAAAUUGUUGCAAUAAAAGUGUUAAAACUUCAAAAUCAAAGAGCUUUAAAGAGUUUCAUUGAUGAAUGCAAUGCUUUAAAAAGCAUACGUCAUCGUAAUAUCCUCAAGAUAAUAACCGUUUGCUCAAGUGUUGAUUAUGAAGGUAAUGACUUUAAAUGUCUUAUUUUUGAGUACAUGUCUAAUGGAAGUUUGGAUAAGUGGCUACAUUCGGUUCCUAAUGACCAACUUGGUGGAGUCAAGAAUUUGAACCUUAUGCAGAGACUAAAUAUAGCAGUUGAUGUGGCUUCUGCUUUUGAUUAUCUCCAUCACCAUUGUGAGACACCAAUUGUUCAUUGUGAUAUUAAGCCGAGCAAUGUGCUACUUGAUAAAGAUAUGACAGCCCAUGUUAGUGACUUUGGAUUAGCGAGGUUUCUUUUUGAAGCAUCAGAUAAUUCCACGCAAAAUCAAAUAAUAUCAACUGGUACUCUAAGAGGUUCUAUCGGCUACAUUCCUCCAGAGUACAUGGAUGGUCAUGUUUCCAAGCUUGGAGACAUAUACAGUUAUGGUAUAUUAUUGCUGGAGAUGUUUACAGGUAAAAGACCGACAAAUGAAAUAUUUAAAGAUGAUCUGAACAUUCAUAUGUUCGUUUCAAUGGCCUUUCCAAACCAUGUCAUGGAUGUUGUUGACCCACGGUUACUGUCUGAAGAAGCAAAUGAAGAUGACGGAGCAGAAGAAUCCAUGAUCAUAAACUUUGAAUCUGAAAUGAAUAACAAAAAGAAAGUAGAAGAUUUCUUGGUUCCGGUAAUAAGAAUUGGGCUCAUAUGUUCCUCAACAUCUCCCAGUGAGCGGAUGGCAAUGAACAUUGUGGUCAACGACCUAAAAGCCAUUAGAGACUCAUUCCUCAGGUCUAACGAUAAAAACAAAGAAAGGAGGUAAAAGUAAUUAGCGGGGCCUGCAGGAAAGCUAACAGUCUAGCUCAAGUCGUUGCAUGAGAUCAAAUGGCAUUUCAAUCAUGUGGGCAUGGAUUGUGUUUACACAUUUAUUUUUAUUUAGUUUGAGACAUUGUUGAUGUUAUGCAUAUGUAUUUAUUAUUAUUAUGGAUUUCACACGCUUAGACUUUCUGGAUGACGUUUUAUUUAAUUAGGCGAUGAUGUUUUUAGUUUUUGA